AUGACCGAAUUAGAUUAUCGUGGAGCUGCUCAGGCGACUUCCGCCUCAUACAGCCGAGAUCAAACAGAACUUAAGCCAUUUCCUUCUGCCGGCAGUGCUUCUUCGUCAAUCAAAACUACAGAACCGGUGAAAGACCAUAGAAGAAGACGUUCAUCCAGUAUAAUUUCACAUGUGGAACAGGAAACCUUUGAAGAUGAAAACGACCAGCAAAUGCUACCAAAUAUGAAUGCUACAUGGGUGGACCAGCGUGGUGCUUGGAUCAUUCACGUGGUCGUCAUCACACUGUUGAAACUAUUUUUCAACUUGUUCCCUGGUGUUACCGCAGAAUGGUCAUGGACCCUGACUAACAUGACUUACGUUGUGGGGUCGUAUGUCAUGUUCCAUUUGAUUAAGGGUACGCCGUUUGAUUUCAACGGUGGUGCGUACGACAAUUUGACAAUGUGGGAACAAAUUGAUGACGAAACUUUGUUUACUCCUUCAAGAAAAUUUUUGAUUAUCGUGCCAAUUGCCUUAUUUCUGGUUAGUACUCACUAUGCACACUAUGAUUUAAAAAUGUUUUCCUGGAACUGCUUUUUGACAACAUUCGUUGCUGUUGUUCCAAAGUUACCUGUUACUCAUAGACUAAGAAUUUCCAUUCCUGGUAUUACAGGUCGUGCUCAAAUUAGUUGA